AUGGACAAGAAAUAUAAUUGGUGUUCUAAAUGCAGCAACAUUAAAGAAGAGAAAGCCUGGAUCACUUUUGCAAUUAGAAAUAAGAAAAUAAAUCUUAGAGGAUAUUAUCUGAAAGCUGCAUGUUGUUAUCUACGAUGUUCCUGUGAGUUAAGUGUUAUUGGAACUAGAUGUCCACUUUAUAGCUGGUCUUUACAAGUUUCAAGCGAUAAUAUAACUUUUUCAACUGUGCACCAUGUCGAAAAAGACGAAAAUAUGCUUUCUUGUGCUGAAAGGACCUAUGACUUUCAUAAGAGCUAUCUUACAAAAUUUGUCCGACUUAUUCAGACGGAUGUUUAUCCAGGAGAGCCGUCUACCAUAGGACUUAAUAAAAUUGAAUUAUUUGGUGAUUUGAUAGAUGAUCCAGACUUCGAAAAAGGUAUUAAUUUUCUAUCUGAUUAUAAUGAUGACGAUGAUGUUAGUAUUAUCGGACAUAUAUCAAAGAACCGGAAUAUAACUGUUUAUUAA